GAGAGUUGUAGAAAGAAAGAAGAACCGUUUCACUUUGCCACAUCUACAGCCACUGCUGCGUACGAACACGUUUUUUUUUCAAUCAUCAUCAAUAUCAUCAUUGUUGUAGUCGUCAUCAUUAUCAUCAUCAUUAUUGGCACCUGUGGGUUUUCUGGUAAAAUCAGGCCAUGCUGUACCUUAUACAGGGAACUGGCCUGGUCCUGGCCCUUAUUACAGUCAUAAAUGCCGCAAUAGCACAAUCCAACAAUUGCUCUCUUCUUGUGCUGGACCCUCCUGAGCUGGUGGUACAAUAUGGAGAUCCUGUCUCGGUGAACUGCCAUUCCCUCACCAACUCAGAUAAUCUGAGCUGGAGAGUUUCACAGGAACAACAUGUGUUGAGUUCUGAUAAACAGAAUGUCACCUGGGAAACAGAGAAUCUGACUGACUGGGAAAUAGAGCCUGUGUGCUCCAUGAUGGUGGAUGGUGAAGAAUGCGCCAAAUCUCUCCCAGUUAUCGUUUACAAGCUUCCAGACCAAGUGUCUAUCAGCGUUGUGGAUCAUACAGGGCCACUGAUUGGAGGUAAAAAAUACGAUCUCCAGUGUGAUAUUCAGAAUUUUGCACCUGUGCACGUCCUUGCUGUUUUCUGGUACAAGGGGGGCGAGCCUGUGAAAAACAGAGGUUUUGGAAAUUUUUCUACCAAAACCCCUAGUAAUAAGACUGUUACACUGAGGAUCAGCGUCGGCAAAGAUGAAGAGAAUGUUCAAUACAGGUGUGCAGCAAAGCUGAAACUGAGAAUCCUAUCUUUUCCAAUGGUGGAAUCAAAUCUUCUCCAGAUUUCAGUUCACAACAAACCUGUAAUAAGCUGUUCAGCUUGGUCACCUAUGAUAAAUACUUCCUUGAAAUCUUAUCCUUAUAAUCUUUCGGGAAACCCAUCUCCAAACAUCACCUGGUAUCGAGAUAAAGCACAGCUCAACUCUGAUAUGCGUCUCGGAGAAAAUGACUCGGGACAGUAUAAAAUAGUUGCCUCUAAUUUGAUGGGAGAAACAUCCUGUACCACAAACAUCAGAGUAGAGUAUGCUCCUAUAUUUAAUUGUUCUGGUACCUAUGAGGUAAAAGAGAAUGGUAUUUUUAAAGAUGAAUGCUUGGCUAAAGCUUCUCCUGAAGCAAAUAUCACCUGGGAAAAAGAUGGAAAAAUAGUAAACUCUCUUCAUAAUCUCACAAGGGGAGAUAGCGGGUCAUAUGUAAUAAAAGCCAUGAACCAGCAUGGAAGUGCACAACACAAUCUUACAGUUAAUGUUCUGUAUGCCCCAAAAAUUGAGCCAGACAAAGAAGUGGUGAAAGUGAAGGAAGGCAGCAAAGUGUUUCUCAAUUGCACUGCUGAGGGAAAUCCAGAACCUGAGCUGAACUGGAGCGUUCAAAGUCAAAUCAAGGCCACUGGGAGGCAGCAAACAACACUGACUUUUUUUCAAGUCUCUUUGGCUGAUGCUGGUGUAUAUACAUGCACUGCUACAAAUUCCCUCGGGAACGACACAAGGAAAGUCUCACUGAUUGUAGAAGGUGAUAAUCCCAUUAAAAUUCAGCCUGAUAAAUUAGUGGUGGAGUUUGGUGCAUUGGCUUCAGCUAACUGUUCCAUAAACUCCACUCACCUUGGCAUGGGCUGGGAGGCAUCACAGGGAGUAGUAGACAUGGUGGAUAAUGUCCAGUCCCUCACCUGGAUGGUAGAGAGUCUCACACACUGGGACAUAAAACCAUUCUGCUACGUCAUUACAGACCCAGACAAGCAGUGGCAGCUCGAGCUCCAAGUUACUGUUUACAAGCAUCCAGACCUGGUGUCUAUCAGUACUGUGAGUCACACAGGGCCGAUGAUUGAAGGCAGACAGUACGAGCUCCAGUGUGAUGUUCAGAAUGUUGCUCCUGUUCGUUUUCUUAAUGUGAACUGGUACAAAGGACAACAGCUAGUGCACAGUGACAGCUUUACUGAUGAGACCAAAACUCCAGUUAAUAAAACAAUGACACUUCAGGUCUCCACACAAAGAGGUGAUGAUGGAGUUCAGUAUAGAUGUGAGGCAGAGCUGAAACUGGGACCAGAAGGACCUCAACCUCCUCCUAGAGGGACAUCAGAUCCUCUCAGCAUUACAGUGCACUACAAACCUGUAAUAAGCUGUUCAGCUUGGUCACCUAUGAUAAAUACUCCCUUGAAAUCUUAUCCUUAUAAUGUUCUGGGAAACCCCUCUCCAAACAUCACCUGGUAUCGAGAUGAAGCACAGCUCAGCUCUGAUAUGCGUCUCGGCAGAAAUGACUCGGGCCAGUAUACAUUUGUUGCCUCUAAUGUGAUUGGAAAAUCAUCCUGUACCACAAACAUCACAGUGGAGUAUGCUCCGAUAUUUGAGUGUCCUAACGAAUAUGAGGGAAGAGAGAAUUACAUUUCCUUGGCCGAUUGCUUGGUGAUGGCUUCUCCUAAAGCAAGCGUCACUUGGAAAAAAGAUGGAAUAAUUGUGAGCGCUGUUCAUAAUUUCACAAGGAAUGAUAGCGGGUCAUAUGUGCUAACAGCCAUGAACAAGCAUGGAACUGCACAACACGAUCUUACAGUUAAUGUUCUGUAUGCCCCAGAAAUUGAGCCAGACAAAGAAGUGGUGAAAGUGAAGGAAGGCAGCAAAGUGUUUCUCAAUUGCACUGCUAAGGGAAAUCCAGAACCUGAGCUGAACUGGAGCGUUCAAAGUCAAAUUAAGGCCACUGGGAGGCAGCAAACAACAUUGACUAUUGUUCAAGUCUCUUUGACUGACGCUGGUGUAUAUACAUGCACUGCUACAAAUUCCCUCGGGAACGACACAAGGAAAGUCUCACUGAUUGUAGAAGGGUAUCCCCCAUCAGAUCCUCUCACCAUUACAGUGCACUACAAACCUGUAAUAAGCUGUUCAGCUUGGUCACCUAUGAUAAAUACUUCCUUGAAAUCUUAUCCUUAUAAUCUUUCGGGAAACCCCUCUCCAAACAUCACCUGGUAUCGAGAUGAAGCACAGCUCAGCUCUGAUAUGCGUCUCGGCAGAAAUGACUCGGGCCAGUAUACAUUUGUUGCCUCUAAUGUGAUGGGAAAAUCAUCCUGUACCACAAACAUCACAGUGGAGUAUACUCCGAUAUUUGAUUGUCCUAAAGAAUAUGAGGGAAGCGAGAAUUAUAUUUCCUUGGCCAAAUGCUUGGUGAUGGCUUCUCCUAAAGCAAGCGUCACUUGGAUAAAAGAUGGAAAAAUUGUGAACGCUGUUCAUAAUUUCACAAGGAAUGAUAGCGGGUCAUAUGUGCUAACAGCCAUGAACAAGCAUGGAACUGCACAACACGAUCUUACAGUUAAUGUUCUGUAUGGUCCAGAGAUUCAGCUAGCCAAGACAUUAGAAGUAAAGACAGGCAAUGAUGUGUCGCUGAACUGUACCGCAAUAGGGAAUCCAGAGCCUGAAGUGAGGUGGAGCUUUCGAAAUCAGUUUAAGACCAACUGGAGUCGUCAGGCAAUUCUAAAAAUCACUAAGGCUGAGUCUGAUCAUCGUGGUCAAUACACAUGCACUGCUACUAAUAAACUUGGAAGCCAAACAGCGACAGUCUCACUGGAGAUAAAAGAACACCAGUUUUCAACGAUAAUAAUCAUAUCACUUAUUAUAAUCAUUAUUAUUAUUAUUAUUUGUAUUAUAAUUUACUUAUGUAUCAAAAAGAGAAGAUCUGGAAAGUACGACAUACAGCCAAAUUGUGCAAUUACUAUGUCACUAUUGAAUACUUCUAAAUAAAGGGAACACUGAGAUUUUAGAAUAGGAUACACAUUUGUGUAUAAACAUUUAUAUAGGGAAACCUCCAAAAUAAAAAAAAUCACUGUGCAUUUUCGAAAAAUAUCUGGACAUUCGCCAUGUGAUAAACAUCACGCAUACUGUAUUUGUGUAUAAUUCCUUACUUAUAAAUUUAUUUUUACUUUGUAUAUUCGGUGUUAAUGCUUUAGUGGUCUCUUGUAAAAAAAAACUAUAUACAUAUCCAUAACAAAUACCAACCAAUAAAAACUACAUUACUACAUUUUAUAUAUAUAUGUGUGUGUGUGUGUGUGUGUGUGUGUGUGUGUGUGUGUGUGUGUACAUCCCAAGGCACACUGCAUGAAUUUACAUGCAUUUUUGUGUGCACUUGAGCUUUAGAAAACAGGACAAUCUGUGUUUAUUAUUAAGAUCAUGAUCAAGUACUGCAAAUGAGCCAGUAAGUAAUAACUCAUGAUUGGGAGUGAUAUGUGAGAAAAUACAUUUUGCUUUGUUAAACGACAGAUGUCGUGGUAUAAACUACUAUCAAGUUCUUGUACUUACUCUACACAAGGCCUUUUGGUUAUUACUUUGUACUUUUUUAUUGAGAUUGAAAUGUAUUCUAGUCACUUUAACAAUUGCAUAUUUUCAUAUUGUUUUCAAGUCCACGGUUUUAUUUCUAGCUCAUAGUUGCAACUUCUUGUCUAUCGUUGCACAUUUCAUAGUACAAUUUCUAAGUUAUU